ACCCCAUUAGUUGGAAAAAGAAAAUAAAAAACACUGCAUUCCAAAAGAAAAAGUUGUUGGCUCUUUCUCACAAACUUGUUACUAUUACCUUGAAAGUUGGACUUUAGCUUCAAAUCCAAACAUUCCCAAGUUCUCAAAUGCUUCAAAACUCAUUUCAAGAACUGCUUUGUUAUGGCUACUCUCUUUCAUUUCCCUACUUCACAUAAACUCUUCUUUACUCCUACCCCUUCUCUUUGUAUACACCACAAUCAUCAUCAUUUCCUUCUAAUUUACCCUUCAAAACCAGCUAUUUGUGCUUCUAUUAAAAAACCAAGGGCAAGCCGGAAGGUGAAAAGCAAUGUUGAUCUCUCCAAUGACAUCAGAGAAUUUUUAUCUUCUGUUGGACUUCCUGAGGAUCACGUACCCACCAUGAAGGAGCUGUCACAGCACGGAAGGCAAGACCUUGCAAACAUUGUUAGAAGAAGAGGAUACAAACUUGUCAAGGAGCUUCUCUUAACUUCGAAACAACUAACCUAUGACUGCAGUGGAGAGGAUGGCCUUGUUGAGAAAAGUGAAAACGAACCCUCAGAUGGGAAGAUAACAGACAUGGCUUAUGAUGUUUCCUUGCCAAGUGAAGCUUCUGCAGCAGAUGACUACAUGAAUGAUGCAAACAAUGAUAUAAUUCUGAAUUCUGAUGAGCAAAAUUCUGGUGAUCAAGAACCCUUGGGCUAUUCCUCCUUGGAGGAAAAGGUGGCCAAUUUUAUUCAGAAUGGAGAACUGGAUGGUGGAGAGGAUAGCGGCUUUGAAAUUUUUCAAGGAGGUGAGCAAGUGGAGGGAUCUGUUGAAGGACAGAAUGUUGUAGAAACAGAAUCUACUACUCCUACGGAGCAUAUAGAUCUUGUUUAUAACGGUAAUGGUGCUGAGAUAUUUAAUGGAAAUUCCAUGGCACAGUCCACCCAGCAUGUCGAAUAUCCUAGUAUGCAGACUUCUCCGAUGAGGAAUGAUAGCCUGUCAACUGAAGGGAGAAAUAGUGCUGAUACUGAGCCCCACAAAAUGGAGAUUGAAGCUGAAACUAAUAGUCUCAAGUUCAUGCUGCAUCAGAAGGAGCUGGAGUUAACUCACUUGAAGCAGCAGAUUGAAGAGGAAAAGCGAAAACUGUCUAUUUUGCAAAUCAAAGCUGAAACAGAAAUCAGAGAUGCACAAAGACUUAUUUCAGAAAAAGAUGCUGAGCUAAACGCUGCUGAAGAUAGCCUUUCAGGACUGAAGGAGGUUGAAAUUCAAUACCGGGCAGAUGGAGAACAUGUUGAGGUGGCUGGCAGCUUCAAUGGGUGGCAUCACAAAGUAAAAAUGGAUCUACAAGAAUCAUCAGAUCCCAUUGGCAAAGAUAUACAAGCAUCAUCAGAUAUCAUAGAUCCCACUGGCAUGAGGGAACCUCGACUUUGGAAAACCGUGUUAUGGCUGUAUCCAGGGAUAUAUGAGAUAAAAUUUAUCGUUGAUAACCACUGGACAACUGAUCCUCAAAGAGAGUCUGUGACGAGAGGUUCAAUACACAACAAUGUACUGCGAGUUGAUAGAUGACUUGGGCAUUGCAUUCCCACAUGCAGAUACCGAGACAAUUGCAAGCAGCAGUAAGGAUCUAGUUUGAAGUUCAUUCAUGAAAGAUCAAUCAUGCAGUCUAUGGAUCAUGUUGCUUUUAUAUUGUUGCAAAUCAAUGAGCCGGUCCAAUGCAAUUUGAAAAGUUACAUGCUUCGUCUACCUUCAAAGCGCCUCAUCCUACUGAAGACACAGGCUAUAUUGGACUACUUGCACAGCAUAGCAGCUGCUGGUGUAAACGUUUAGUUGUAGGCUGUAGAGUUCUGAUAUGCACAUAGUUGAAUAAGAGGAAGCAAAAUGUAGUCACUAGGAUGAAUUUUGUUAAUAUUGUGUUUGUACAAUGGUGAAUUCUUUGUAAAAUUUUAAUGGGGUGGCAAGUUUCCACCCUACCAUUUAAGCCAAUAUUGGCGAACUUCAGGCAAAA